GUUUUCGGCGUCUCCCUUGCUAUUUCUCAUGUAUUUCUGUAAGAUGUAAUAUCAGUCAUCAUUUUUCUAAGCGAUCGCGUUAUCGGGGAAUAGUAUUAUGUAUGAGAAUGUAGAAAUUCGACAAAAUUCUAUUCGGUCAAGCACAUUUGCCGCGAGAGGACGGCGGUGGCAGCAUGGCUUCGGAGGCGCGCGUGAAAGAGGAGACCCUCGAUCAAGUUUCGGACCAUGCACUUAUAAAGAGAGAAGCAGUAUUCACAGAAGAAGAAAUGCGUGUGAAAAAGGAGCUACUGAGCUUGGGCAAUGAUUGCAAGAUCAGUGAGGCGGCUAUGCUGGCUGAACUGUACAAGGAUCAUACCGUCAAGGGUGAGCUGGUGCUGGGCCCGGAGCACACUCAUCGGCCAGAUGUAAUGCUGGUAGUACAUAGCUGGGUGUCAGCUGACGCGGAUGGCUGUCCCAACUCACCAGAGCUGAAGGGCGCCCGCCGCCCAGAGCCCACUCUCCGGGAUUGCUACGUGCGACUGGAACGCCUCCGAGACCACGAGGCGCUCGCCAGCAACUAUGACACCGCCAUUGAGAACACAACUAUUGAUACUAACAAAUUUUAUACUGAAGAUGACUACACUAAAUUUGUCUGCGAGAAAAGGAAAGAAGUAAUAAGUGAAACUUGUGAUAGCUUUGCUCUAAAGUCGGAUUUGAAGAAACAUAUUCAAAAGUCAAGAAGCAUGAAGAAGGAAAAAGACAAGCAUUGUACUGCAGGGAGAGGUGGCCGCAAACAGAAGUCAGCACGGGAGCGCGCCGCAACCAAACUACAUACGCUACGGGAGUGCUUCGUGAGAAUCAAGCGCCUCCCACACCAUGCGUUGCUUGGAUCGUAA